AUGGCUCUCGAUAAGCAAAAAAUAUUAAACGAGUUAGGGAGUGUGGUAAAUCAAUUACAAAGCGCCAACUGUGGCUGUAUGGGAAAACUUUUUUCUAAUUCCGGCCAAGCGAAUUAUAACCCAGGUCAUAUGACAGGACAUAAUGGUGGAUAUAAUAUGCCGCACUGUGGCUAUGCUCAAAAUCAAGGCUAUAAUUCACCUUGUGCCGGUGAACCUUAUGGUGGCCGAAGGUGCAUGGGAUACUGUAAUCCACCGAAAUUAUACAGCGAUACUUACAACUAUUUAAAUCGUAAUCUGAUGCAACCAGUGGUCCAAGAGGUUUACCAAGACUUGAAAUCGAUUAACCCCGAUAACACCAUAAUGAAUAGCCCUAUGGCCGCCCAGAUGGGACUGCCCGCAACAAAUAAUUCAAAUCAGGGGAAUAUGGGUCAAAAUUCCAUGCCAGCAGUACCUCUGGGAAAUCCAAAUACGCAUUGUGGCCACAUGCACGGUCCUCAUCUCCAUUUCGGAAAUGUAGCUAUGGACAAUCCAAACGCACACGGCAUGGGUCAAAUGGGACAAGGCAUGGAACAGGGCCAUAUGGGUCAUGGAAUGGGGCACAUGGGACAUGGCAUGGAUCAUAUGAGGCAAGAAGAAGAACAUGGAAUGAGACAAAUGGGACAGGACCAAGGCAUGGGAGUAAUAGGACAAGAUCAAGGAAUGAGCCAAAUGGUCCAACAGCAAGGAAUGGGCCAAAUGGGACAACACCAAGGUAUGGGUCAAAUGGGACAGGAGCAAGGAAUGGGUCACAUGGGACAAGGAAUGAACCAGAUGGGUCAAAUGGGCCAUGGAAUGGGACAUAUGAAUCACGAAAUGGAUCGCUCAGGAGGAGUUAUGGGUGAUAUGGGCCAACAUAUAAUGAAAAUGAUGACUAGUAGUAAUGUAAGACCAAACAAAAUUCCAAAUGUAGUGACUCCUCAAACUAAUGUUCCCGGUAAUAUGCCUCAAUCUGGUGAUAAUGGUAAUAUGAUGAGUGCGAAUAAUCAAGGGCAAUAUAAUUCUGGCCAGAUGCAAAAUAUUACUGGUUAUAUGCAGCAAGGACAUCCUGAAAUGCAAACGCAACAGAACACAUUCCCUGGUGCAGCCGAAAAUGCACAAAGUAAUCAGAUGCAUGGCAAUAUGAAUCCAAUGAUUUCAGGAUCAAGGCCAACUGGAAACAUGAAUGCGAAAAACUUAGACAACCAUGGUGCUUAUGGCCAACAUAGCCCUGGUAUAUCCAAAUUUAAUGAGAUGUUUCCCGGUAUAAUGAAAGGAGAUCUAGGAUUUGAUCCUAUGGCUAUUGCUAUUCAGAUGAACCCUGCUAACCAGCAGAAAACUGCAAUGGAUACGAUGGAGAAAUUGAUGAUGAACAAUUCUAGAGGCCUUAACAAAGUUAUGGAUAGCAAAGGAAAUGCAUCACCACAUAUGCAACCAGUUAUAAAUGCUGCACAUGCAGCGUCUGCAAGAAUCAAUCAGCCAAACCAACCAAGAAUCGAAGAAACAGGUCAAAAAAUCCCUGAAAGUCAGCGUGAUAAUAAUCUAAUUCAACAACAAAUAUACUCCCAACAAAACGACCAGAUUCCACAGCGGCUGUAUCGGCCACCUCAACAACAGAUGAUAGAUCCAAAUACUGGAGCAGUUAUAAAUAACCCACCUCUUCCAACUGUAUACGAAGGAUCCGAAGAUCCCAAUGCUAAACAGCAGCCACCUGUUUCAUAUGCAACUCCACCUACUGCACCUGAAAUGUACAAAGACCCCAUACUUCCUGCUGAUACGUCAAGGAAUUUAUUACACUCUCAUCAUUUUCAUCAUUCAAAGCCACCUAAAUAUUAUGAGUAUAAUACUAUUGGCCAACCUGUUGAAAGACAGUAUCAAAGUGCUGAUAAUCCCUCUAAAUACAGCCAUGUAAAACAGACUGUUAGUAAAACAGCACUGGUAGGGAAUAAACCUAUUGGCAGAAUACCAAGUAGGACCCAGCAACAGGUUAUCUACAAUCAAUAUAAAGGCUCGCAGUCGUUUACGCAGCAGAAUAUAAAACCAAAUGCUCGAAACGUCACACAUUCGGAUCCUCGUAUAGCCCUUCCAGAGUAUGCGCUACAAGCACCUAUUGAGAAGUAUAACGGAGAUAGUGCAGCCAAUGAUGAAGUUACACCCGUAAAUGCUAAAUUUCCGAACGUAACUGCAAAGCAGGCUGCGGAAAAAAAUGUCAAGCUACGUAACGGUCUUCAAGAUCAAGUUUUCUCAGCCUAUCCAACAUCAGCAAAAUGGAGUUUUCAUGGCAACAAUAGUGCUGCACCUUAUUCGGUUGGCUAUCGUUUAAGAUCGAAGUAA